AUGCGCGUUUCACUUUUCGUCUCAGCACUCGUUGCUCCACUUGCCCUUGCAGCUCCCACACUAGAGGCCCGUCAGGCUGCUCCCGUUAAGCCCGCACCGUGUGUGCGUGAUAGCAAGGUCACAGUGCAGGAGACGAAAGCGCGGUCUGAGCAGUUUGCGCAAGCCUUCAUCUACAAGCCGGAUAUCAGCAAGGCGUUUUCGUUUAUCGCAGUCGAUUAUAUUAACCAUAACCCAUCAGUAGCAAAUGGCUCCGCCGCCGCAUGGGAACUUCUCUCCCCGGUCUGGAGCACAGCCAACAUAACCGGCAAACGCAAUACGUUCAUCUCACCCAUGAGCUGGGUUGAAUACAACUCUUCGCUUGGCGGUAUUGUAGAUCGAUUUAGGUGGGAAGGUGGAUGUAUUGUUGAGCACUGGGAUCAAAACGAGACCUUUCCUGAAACCAAAGGCUGCAAGGCUGUCUAUUAA